CUAAUGUAGUAGUAGUAGUAGCUAAUAGCUAUGAACAAUGUUCUCGCAUGAUAUGAACUACCUACAACAAAUCUCGCACGACGACACUACCUUUGCAUCGUGUAUUCGUCCAAAUUUCUUGUCGAGAUCGUGCGAGGGCGCUGGUUUCAGUUGGCGGUGCACAUGCGGCACUCUCCGGACGUCUCUCGCAUUCUCCGGUUUUGACUGAGCUGAUAUCAUGAUGUUAAUACCUUCUAGUGUUUGCGCCACGGCUUGGCAUCCGAAUAGUGGCUCCGGGAGUAGUGACAGGGCAUCGUACGCUCACUCAGACUAAUUGCUAUAAAGUUAUGGAUGGCAGUAUACUAUCUGCACAUAUUCCACAAGCCCCAUCCCGAUAUGACCAUACUCUCAGAUGAUCCCGCUUGGUGGCCGAUCAUCAAUUUUUGUCGUCUAUACAACUAUUUUCUAGUUGCGUGCUCCACUGCAGUGAUAUACGACUGGGCAUUGACGUUCGGACAAGAGUUCGAAUUGAUCUUGAGGCCACGUUGGUCCUUCAUGACUGUUCUUUAUAUCUGUGUGCGCUACAUCGGAAUACAAUAUUUUAUCAUUAACAUACUGCUAUUGCUCUCUAUUACCGAUGUAGUGCGCACUGUCCUUUGGUACAUACAGGUAUGGAAUCCUGUCAUCGUCAAUGCCAUGUUGGGUGGCAUUAUGAUUGCUCGGAUUAAUGCCAUGCAUCAAGGAUCGAAAACAUUGUUCAUCUUUCUUGUUGCAGCCUUACUAGCAUCCACAAUCGCCUCCGGAGUUAUGAUGGUCAUUGCGAACCUGGGUGUUUCAUCGCAGAAGGCUGUCCUUUCCGGCUUCCAUACCUGCAUUACCGACAUUGACAUUGACAUGAUGUAUCUGAUUUACGAGAGUGUGAUAUUCACUGUUGUAUGGGAGAUCCUCGUCUUGUUUCUUGCAGUCUGGAUUGUUAUAAAGCACUUCCGUGAACUGCAACAAUCGCCGACAGGAUCGACCAUUGGGGACUGUUUCACGAUAUUAAUAGAGAGCCACACGUUUUACUUUCUAGCCUUUGUUACCAUGACUUGCUUCACACUUGGCUCACUGGCUCCAAAUAUCACGAACACCACGGAACGUCUUAUUUACUUUGGCGUUUGGGCAAUUGCCCAGAUAUUGCAGAUGUUUGUGCUGGGACCGCGUCUGAUCCUCAGCGUUCGAAAAUCUCACGCGAAGUUCGUAGCCAGGGCCGACGGGGAAAUAGGCAUGACGUCCAUUGCUUUCCAUACCGGUGGAGAUCUGUCGAUCGGGGGAGAUGCGUUGACGUGUAGCACAUGGAACGAUCCAAAUGAUUAACCACGGUACUGUGCGGGGAGCAUGCAUAUUUAUUUGUUCCGCUGUGAUAUUUAGCUUCGUCGCGCUAUUUGGUGUUCCGAAAUCGAAGACAGAACUUCUUGUAGUACUUAUACAUAUUUAUUUGGUUCGUGGUGAUAAUUUAGCCUCGUCGCGGUGUGUAUUGUCUUUCCUCGGGCUA